CAACACAUAACCUUGGAAUCCUUCUUUCCUGGGGUUGAUGUUCCCUUACAAGACAAUAAAUCUAUAGAUAUCUUAGUCAUAGUGAAACAGGCCUUCCAUUCCUUUGAUCAAAAUACCAUUGCCCAAGGGUCAUCUUGUGCAUAUAAAAGUUUGAAUAAUUUGCUGGUAGAUUCGGAGCCCAUUGUGAGAGUUCCAAAAGAAAGUAUUUAUGAUGCUGAGAUGUACUGGAUCCUCCUUAAUUGGCUUGCUAAAGUAUAUCAUUAUGAAAUUAUGGGACAGUGGCACUUAGAGCGAGUUGGUGAAGAUGGAGGCUACCAUCACCUAUAUUGUGAUCUUACAAUAAAGGAGAGGAGAGUCUCCGGUCUUGUAACAACCCCAUCAAGAUUGAAUGGACAUUUUGAGCAGAUGCACAAAUAUGCUGAUAAACUUUCUCCUUCAGAGAAAAGAGGAUUAAAUGUUGUACAAUUUUGGCAUGAAAAGAAUUUCAAGAAUGCUUUUAUGAGUAAAAGAUGCUUCUG